GGCCUAUAGCGGGGUAACGGCCCCGUGCUGGUUUGAGUGGCCUGCAGUGGGGUAACGGGUCAGUGCCGGUGUGACACCGCUGUGAUGGGAAGUCACGGGCCGCUCCCGGUGUGACAGGCCCAAUCCCCGCGCUGCCCGACCCUCAGAGCCCACCUGAGGUGUCGGCGGCCGUGGCUCAGAGCUCUGGGAAAACAGCGCAGUGCUGGAACAGUUGGGAUACUGAGGGGAAAUCCUCCUGGGAAGGGUGUCCAGCCCUGGCACCGCUGCCCCGGGGGCUCCCCGUCCCGGGGGAUGUGACGCUCGGGGACACGGCCCGUGGUGGCCCGGGCAGUGCUGGCAGCGCCUGGCUCGGGGGAUUUUUCCCGGCACAGCCAUUCCGGGGCAACCCCGCUGGGGGCAAUGCGGGAAACGCGGCUGAGCCGAGCCCAGCUGAGCCGAGCUCAGACAAACCCUCCAAGCCGAGCUGAGUCCGUGUGAACCCAGCCGAGCCAACCCCACUGAGCUGAACUAAGCCAGACCCAGCCAUGGCCAGUCCGGGUCAACUGAUCCGAGCCAAGCUGUGCUGAGCUGAGCCCAGCCCAGCUGAGCCAAACCGAGCCGAGCCAUGCUGAGCUGAGCCAAACCAGCCAAGCUGAGCUGCGCUGUGCCAAAACAGCCGAGCUGUGCUAAGCCGGGUCGAGCCGUGCCGUGCCAGGCUGAGCCUAGCCGAGCCCAGCCCAGCCGAGCGGGUGCGCUCGGGCCCGCGUUUCCAGCGGAGCUGUCCAACCUCUCCAGCCCUUCCAGCCUCUCCAGCCGCUCCAUCCCGCAUCCCCAGCCCGCAUCCCGAGCCCGCCAUGCGGGAGCGAUGAGCGCAGCCGCCGCCCGGCCAUGGAGGAGGAUUUGUUCCAGCUGAAGCAGCUGCCGGUGGUGAAAUUCCGCCGCACGGGGGAGAGCUCGAGGUCGGAGGAGGAUGGAAUUUCCGGAGAGCACGAGGUGCAGAUCGAGGGGGUGAGGACAGAGCUGGAGCCCGUGGAGCUGGGGGAUGGAGCUGCGGUGCCCAAGGAAUUCGCCAACCCCACGGAUGAUACUUUCAUGGUGGAAGAUGCGGUGGAAGCCAUUGGGUUUGGGAAGUUCCAGUGGAAGCUCUCUGUCAUUACUGGAUUGGCAUGGAUGGCAGAUGCCAUGGAAAUGAUGAUUUUAAGUAUCCUUGCUCCUCAGCUGCACUGUGAGUGGCGCUUACCCAGCUGGCAGGUUGCAUUGCUCACCUCGGUGGUGUUUGUGGGAAUGAUGUCCAGCUCCACACUCUGGGGAAACAUUUCAGACCAGUAUGGGAGGAAAACAGGCCUAAAGAUCAGCGUGUUGUGGACACUCUACUAUGGGAUCCUCAGUGGCUUUGCUCCCAUUUACAGCUGGAUCCUGGUGCUCAGGGGCCUGGUGGGCUUUGGCAUUGGAGGAGUGCCUCAGUCGGUAACUUUAUAUGCUGAGUUCCUUCCAAUGAAAGCCAGAGCAAAAUGCAUUUUAUUAAUAGAGGUGUUCUGGGCCCUUGGGACUGUGUUUGAAGUGCUCCUGGCUGUGGUGGUGAUGCCCACGCUCGGCUGGCGCUGGCUCCUCAUCCUCUCUGCCCUCCCACUCCUGCUCUUUGCUGGCCUGUGUUUUUGGCUGCCAGAAAGUGCCAGGUAUGAUGUGUUAUCUGGGAACCAGGAGAAAGCUCUGGCCACUUUGAAGAGGAUUGCCACAGAAAAUGGAGCUCCAAUGCCCUUGGGGAAGCUGGUGGUUUCCAGGCAGGAGGACAGAGGCAAAAUGAGGGAUCUUUUCACCCCCCAUUUCCGCUGGACCACGCUGUUGCUCUGGUUUAUUUGGUUUUCCAAUGCUUUUUCAUAUUAUGGGUUAGUUUUAUUAACUACAGAGCUCUUCCAAGCAGGAGAUGUUUGCAGCAUAUCCAGCAGGAGGCAGGAAGUGAAAGCCAAGUGCAGCCUGACCUGUGAGUACCUGACAGAGGAAGAUUACACUGACCUGCUCUGGACAACCCUGUCAGAAUUCCCUGGUGUGCUGGUGACCCUGUGGGUCAUCGACCGCAUCGGCCGCAAGAAAACCAUGGCCCUGUCCUUCCUUGUCUUCUCCUUCUGCAGCCUCCUGCUCUUUCUCUGUGUUGGAAGAAAUGUUCUUACUGUGCUGCUCUUCGUUGCAAGAGCUUUUAUUUCAGGAGGAUUUCAGGCUGCCUAUGUUUACACUCCUGAGGUUUAUCCCACAGCCACACGUGCUUUGGGCCUGGGAACGUGCAGUGGAAUGGCCAGAGUGGGAGCCCUCAUAACCCCAUUCAUUGCACAGGUGAUGUUGGAAUCCUCAGUCUAUCUGACUCUGCUGGUUUACAGUGGCUGCUGCCUGCUGGCUGCCCUGGCCUCCUGCUUCCUGCCCAUCGAGACCAAGGGCCGUGGCCUCCAGGAGUCCAGCCACAAGGAAUGGGGCCAGGAGAUGGUGGGCAGAGGAUCUCAUUCCCCAGGGGAAUCACAGGAAUGAUGGGAACAUGGAAAGCUGCUGGAAGAAUGAAGGAUAGGAGCAAGAUGUCUCACCAAACCUGCCUGAAGCAUGGGAAGCUGACCACCACCACUGCCAACGUCACGUGUCAAACUGCAGGAGUUUGGGGUUGAACCUCAGCAAAUUGUGUUUCUGCUGCUCUUUGCUCACACUCAUAAAAACUUUCUGGAUGGAGAGGCCUUUGAUGCAGAUAUCCUUGGGAAGUUUAGCAGGAGGGGUUUCUCUUCAGUCUGUCGUGCUUGCAUGGUCAGCUCUUCAGCUUAAAAUGUCCCGUGCCAAGCAAAUGCCAAGUGACUGCAGCCCAGCAAAAGCUGUCAUUAAAACUGAGCUCUUGAUGCCUAAAACCAAGAGGUUCAUGUUUAGUGUGGCCCUGGCCUGGCACAGAGUGGAUUCCAUCCCCUUCACUAUGGAUUAAAUGCCUGCCUUGCACUUUUAGCCAUCAAAACCACCCCCAAAAUGUGGUUCUGGCAAACCAACCCAGCCUUUGCAGUUGGGUUCUGUUCCUGGAGAGUGGAUUGCUUGGAAACUGAUUCCUGCCUGUUUCUCCCAUCCCAGGUGGGUAGUUGGAGCAGGGAGGGAGGUGUUUGCUGCAGUUGCUGGGACCUUGUAGCAGAAAUAUAAACCACAGAGUUAUUAAGAUUGGAAAAACCUCCAAGCUCAUCAAGUCCAAUGUAAAUCCUCAUGUUUUGGAGCAGGAUUGGACCUCUCUGGCAUUGCCAGGGACCUUGAGCUGUGUCUGUUGCUUGGAGUGGGGAGGUUCUCACUCCUGGUGUUCCCUGUUGGAUCCAGGUGUGUCCCUGCUCCAUCACCUGGGCACAUCCUCAGUGUGGGGUGACCCCAGCCAGAGUCAGGAGCUCUGCUGUUGGGAUUGAGCUGGGCAGGACCUUCCCUGCUGAUUGUACAUUGACUGCUGACAGAGGAAUGUAGCUGGAAUAAAUGAACACAACCAUGGGAAGAGCCCAUCUGCAGUGACCUUGGAUGAGGAACAUCCCUCCUCAGGGCAUGAUCCUGCUCUUGUCAGGGAAUGUAGCAGAGCUCAGGUGAGGACAAGCUUGUCUGGUUUGUCACAAACCUGUCCCUGGGCACAAGUGGCAGAGUCUGUGGGAAUGUGUGGGGAUCUGAGAUGUGCCUCAUCCAGGUCUCAGUGGAUUUUCAGGAUUCCAAACCUUGGCACACACAAUCAGAUGUGGGUGAGAUGGACCUGGUGAGGAUGUGGAAGCAGUGGGGGUUUGUGGGCAGAUGUCUCACCUGAACACAGCUAAAUGUGCAACACAUUUUUACAGUUGAACCUUUGAAAUAUCCUGGGAAGCAUGUCCCAUUCCUGGGCUCUGGAAUGGGUCUCCAAGUCCAUGUUUGGUGCAGUACAAGUGGGGCAUGGCUGUCCCUGAGGGUCACAGCUCUGAGCUCACUGCAGUGCUCCACCAGGCUGCUCCUUUGGUGUGGAUAAUUCCCUAAAGGAAGCCAGGAAGCUCAGGCUGGUGGAAAAGGCCAAAGAGGCUGUUGAAAUUGUGUGAGGGGGGAUGUUCUGCUGAGAACAGAGUUUGCCCAGGCCCUGAGUGUCCAUCCAGUCCCACUGGAGGAUGGUGACUCAGUGAAGGCUUCCAGGAAUGCUUGGUGGAAACAGGCAAACUUGGCUUUUCCCAGCGAGAUGAGAAUGAAUUCAGCUCCCAAGGGACCCCUGGGAUCCCUGGGCUCAGCUGUGGGUGAUGGCACAGAACCCUCAGUCCAUUCCAGCUGGGUUGGUUCCCUUUGUGUCCCCUCAUGCUCCACCAAGAUCAAGCUCCAGCUGAUCCCAGCAAACAUUCAGGGCUCUCUGACAGCAACCACACCUCAUUUGUUCACCUCCUUCUGAGCUGGCUCAUUCUCCCUGUGUGCCUGGAGCUUGUUCCAUGGAAUACCAGAAUUCCAAAGUGGUUUGGGGUGGGAGGGACCUUAAAACUCAUCCAGUCCCACCCCCUGCAAUGGGCAGGGACACUUUCCACUAGACCAGAUUGUUCCAAGCCCUGUCCAAACCUGACUUUGAACACUUCCAGGAAUGGGAAACCUCUCUGCUUUCACUUGGACUGGCCUCUGAUGUGCUGGAUAUGGGACACAGCAGUGAGGGAGCAGAUCCUGGAUGUGUUUAAUCAGCUCUUACCCCCUGUGUGUGGCCAGUGAGCUGGAAAACCUGCUGGGCUGGGAUCUGCUGGAGCUGGGAUCUGCUGGAGCUGGGAUCUGCUGGAGCUGGCUUUGC